AGGCGCUUUGCUCAAGCCUGGCCGGGCAGUAGACAUCAAGUUUGUUUUGGCUGCUUCGUGACCAUUUCAUUUGUGCACCACCAUGGUGGAGAUGCAGCCAGGCAUUUGCAAGCUGGAGUUCGCAAUGGGCUCGCACGGGCUUUCAUGGCGGGCAGGCUCAACUGAGGUGGAGAGGGUUUCAUGUCAGGCACGUUUGCUCGGGGUGAAGCCUGGCUGGUCCAUCAGUAUGAUUGAUGGCAUCCCGAUCGAGACUAGUUAUCAAGCGUGGAAUGAGCUGAUGAGAUGCAAGAAGUCCGGCAAGAAGUACCAGGUCUACUUCACGAAGGAUGAGGCCUCAAUUCGUGACGAUCAAGCAAAAGCCGAAGCAGAGAGAGCCAGGAAAGCAAAACAGGAAGAGGAGAGAAAGAAACGGGAGGAGAUUGAGCGGAAGAUCCGUGAGGAAGCUGAGAAGAAGCGCGCCGACGAGAUUGCAUCCAAGAAGCAGGAGUACUGGGACAAGCAACAGGCAACCCAAGAGGCUGAGGCCGAAGCAGUUGAGGGUGCAGAGCCAAAGGAAGGUGUUGAGGCAGCUGCAGCGGAGGUGGUGGAGGGUGAGGAGGCCCCGGCGGAAGCGGCCGAAGCGGCUGAUGCAGAAGCCCCCCCAGCGGAAGCACCAGCUGAAGAUGCGGCUUAGGUCGACCGGUCGAGAUCGGGCCGAAUAUAGAGCCUAGAGGAAGACAAGGUGAUGACCUAAGGAUGACCCAAUAGGAAUCCUU